AUGAGAUAGGUUUUGUUAGUCUUUUCAAGUUGAAAACAUCAAUACAAACGGAAAUUGAUGAGAAAUUCAGAGGAUUUAGUUGAGUGUCAAUAUUAGCAUUACUUGUUCAGAUAUUGAAUCUUGUUUUGCACAAGAGAUAUUUUGGGAGUGGCAUUUCAGUUUGCUGCAAAUGAGAGAAUAGAGGAAUGAGGAACACUUGCUUUAGCUUAUCUUCGUCUUCGUCACUUAUCCCCUCUCCUCUACCCAGCCCUACUUCCACUUCUCUUGCUGCUCCCCGUCUUCGCUGCGCUGUCGCCGCCAAAGCCUCUUCUUCUCCGGUAACAUUUCCUCAGAAGAAGAAACACUGGAAAGAAGGUGAAUACCCUGGUUUCUCUGAGGUUUCCACCUCCCAUCUCAACAACAAGAAGGGUAGGAGGGCCCCUCUCAAGAAUAUUAAGAAGAAAUCUGAUAGAAAGAAUACUGCUAAUGCUUGGGUCAAUACUGUGCCUGAAGCUCUCUCUGAUGCCAUUAAUAAAAAGCAAUGGCAACAAGCCCUCAAGGUAUUUGAGAUGCUGAAGCAGCAGCCAUUUUAUCAACCAAAAGAAGGUACUUACAUGAGGCUCCUUGUUCUUCUUGGAAGGUGUGGGCAACCAGGACAGGCUCAGCAGCUUUUUGAUUCAAUGAUUGAAGAGGGAGUGGAACCCACUUCAGAACUCUAUACAGCCUUGAUUGGUGCUUAUUGUAGAAGCAACAUACUUGACAUGGCAUUUUCUCUUCUUCACACGAUGGUUGAGCUACCUCAUUGUCAGCCAGAUGUUUACACCUACAGUAUAUUAAUCAAGGCAUGUGUGGACGCUAGCCGAUUUGAUUUGGUUGAGUCCCUUUAUGAACAAAUGGGUGAACGUUCCAUAGUUCCUAAUACUGUCACUCAGAAUAUAGUCUUGAGUGGUUAUGGUAGAGCAGGCAAGUAUGCAGAAAUGGAGAAAGUGCUUCUAGGGAUGCUAGGAAGUGCUGACAGCCAACCUGAUGUAUGGACUAUGAACACUAUCCUCGGCAUAUUUGGCAACGAGGGGCAGAUUGAAAUGAUGGAGAGAUGGUAUGAAAAAUGCCGUAAUUUUGGGAUUGAGCCGGAAACGCGGACAUUUAAUAUCCUCAUUGGUGCUUAUGGGAAGAAAAAGAUGUAUGAUAAAAUGUCAUCUGUAAUGGAAUACAUGCGUAAACUGUCAUUCCCAUGGACAACAUCAACAUACAAUAAUGUCAUUGAGGCGUUCUCAGAUGCAGGUGACGCAAAGAAUAUGGAAUACACCUUUGAUCAAAUGCGUGCCGAAGGGAUGAAAGCUGACACCAAGACCUUUUGCUGUCUCGUCAGAGGAUAUGCAAAUGCUGGCCUUUUCCAUAAGGUGAUCAACACUGUCCAGUUAGCUGGGAAAUUGGAGAUCCCUGAAAACACUUCCUUAUUCAAUUCUGUUAUUUAUGCGUGUGCAAAGGCUGAGGAUGUCCUGGAGAUGGAGAGAGUUUUCAAGCGAAUGAAAGAUAAAGAAUGUCGACCUGAUCUUAUGACUUACUCUACUAUGAUUGCUGCAUACCAGAAAGAAGGCAUGACAGACAAAGUUUAUGAUUUGGAACAAGAAAAGCUCAUGCUGGCUUCCAGUCAGUCCAAUGACAGCCACAAUGAUGAGGAAAAACCAGAGCUGCUGCCUACUUGAGAGCUAAGUAUGCAAUAUUGGAGCGUCCAAGCUACAUAAUUUUAUUUGUUUUAUAUAGAAUUCUAGAUUGCCUAAAUCAUCUAGCUGUCUUUCUGAAACUGAUAAUUGUCCGCUGUCAUUGGGUUUAUGAAGUUUCGAGGUGACCCAGGCAUGACUAAAUACUUAUUACUGUGUCAAUAGAGUUGAUGGUUAAUUCUGGUGUACUUCAAAUUGAAAUGAAGAUUUUGUUUUCUGUUUA